AUGGCAGCCAUUACGGCUCUUCAUAUGUCGGAAAUAAUUCAGUCGACUACAGACGCUUUCGUGAAUGCCACUGGCUCGACAAAUACGACUGAUGUCGGGACGGAAUUUUCCGUCCUACUUCCGGCGUUAUGGAGCGUUCUUAUCGUCAUAGGAACUGUUGGGAAUGGACUUGUCAUUUACACUGUCGGAAAAAACGGGGAGAUGACUGCGACAAAUUGUUACGUCCUUAAUUUGGCGGUUGCAGACCUGUUGUUCCUGAUGAUCGUUGUACCAUUUACAACCACCGGAUUCGCCACGAAAGGCUGGAUAUUUGGAGACGCCAUUUGUAAAAUCUACAUAUAUAUGAUUUAUGUGACGAUGCAUGCUACGUGUCUGACCUUAACUGCCAUGACUGUUGACCGUUACCAUGCCAUCGUACAUCCUGUCAGCUCCAUGAACUGGCGUUCGAGAAGGGCCUCCACUAUCGUCAGUAUCGUUGUUUGGGCAAUUUCACUUCUGAUCUCCAUUCCUUUUGCUAUAUAUCACGGAGCUGUUAAUCAUUUGAAUCCCAGUAAACAUGUGUAUUGUGCCGAGAUAUACCCGACUGUAACUUUGGACAAUAUCAUUUCUGUUGGAGUUAUCAUUACAACAUACGUGUUCCCAUUAAGUGUCAUUGUCAUCUGCUACUACAGUAUUCUGAAAUACAUCUGGAACGGUCGUACGCAGCGGAGCAGCAGCUUCAAACAUGAGGAAGACUGUAACGGGUCCACUCCAUUAUCGAGCGAAUCCCAGGUUAGACGCAGACGACGAGUAACCCGGAUGGUGUCAGUGGUGGUCCUUCUCUUUGCUACGUUUUGGUUCCCAAUUCAUGUUUACAAUAUCUGUCGAAAAUCCAUGACAAUUCCUCAAACGUCUAUCUUUUAUGGCAUAAAAAUAUUUGCUCAUACUUUGUCCUAUGCAAACUCGUGUGUAAACCCAUUUGUGUAUGCUUUUCUAAAUGACGGGUUUAAGAAAGCGUUCGCCAAAACAUUUCCCAGCUUGUAUCCAUGGUGUCCAUGUAUGCGAAUGGUAAGCGACGAACGCCACACACAAGUAACUGGUAUGGUGGACCAGGCCAUCCAGGCAAUGCCGGAAGAUGAUAACGAUGCUGGAGUUACGAAACCGGAAGCAUUGCCAAUGACACGUGUUCAACCUCAGACGGAUUUAUGA